AUGGAGAAUCUUAACUUAGCCCUUGUUUCUUCCCCUAAACCUCUGCUUCUGGGACAUUCCUCCUCAAAAAACGUUUUCACAAGAAGAAAGCCUUUCGCUUUUGGGACUUUUCGCGUUUCUGCUAACUCUUCAUCCUCUCAUGUCACCGGGGCUGCUUCUAAAUCUCACCAAAAUCUAAAAUCUGUGCAGGGGAAGGUCACUGUGCAUACUUUUGCUAGCAUUUCUUCUUCAAAUAGUCAGGAAACAACAUCAGUUGGAGUUAGCCCCCAGUUAUCGCCGCCUCCACCUUCGAAUGUAGGGUCGCCACUCUUUUGGAUUGGUGUUGGUGUUGGGUUUUCUGCACUAUUUUCAGUGGUAGCUUCAAGAUUAAAGAAAUAUGCAAUGCAACAAGCUUUAAACACCAUGAUGGGCCAGAUGAAUACACAAAAUAAUAAUCCAUUUGACAGUGGUGCCUUUUCGCCUGGAUCUCCCUUCCCCUUUCCCAUGCCUUCAGCUUCAGGGCCCGCUACACCUGCUGGCUUUGCUGGUAAUCAAUCUCAAGCAACUUCUGCACGAACUGCCUCUCAAUCUACUGUCACAGUAGACAUACCUUCAACCAAAGUAGAAGCAGCAGCCUCGGCCCCAGACAUUAAUGUUAAAGAAGAAGUGGAAGUAAAGAAUGAACCAAAAAAAUCCGCUUUUGUAGAUGUGUCUCCAGAAGAAACUGUGCAAAAGAAUGCUUUUGAAAGAUUUAAAGAUGUUGAUGAAUCAAGUUCAUUCAAGGAAGCCCGUGCUCUAGCUGAAGCUUCUCAAAAUGGAGCUCCUUUUAACCAAGGUUUUGGCAAUUCACCCGGUUCUCUAUCUGCACAAAAAUCAGUCUUAUCGGUGGAUGCUUUAGAGAAAAUGAUGGAGGACCCAACAGUGCAGAAGAUGGUUUAUCCCUAUUUACCUGAGGAGAUGAGGAAGCCUUCUACCUUCAAAUGGAUGCUGCAGAAUCCUGAGUACCGUCAACGACUUGAAGAAAUGCUAAACAACAUGGGUGGAGGCACUGAAUGGGACAGUCGGAUGAUGGACACCUUAAAGAAUUUCGACCUUAAUAGUCCUGCUGUUAAACAACAAUUUGAUCAAAUUGGGCUUUCUCCCGAAGAAGUCAUUUCAAAGAUUAUGGCCAAUCCUGAUGUUGCGAUGGCAUUUCAAAAUCCUAGAGUUCAAGCAGCUAUCAUGGAUUGUUCACAGAAUCCAAUGAGUAUUGCUAAAUAUCAAAAUGAUAAGGAGGUCAUGGAUGUCUUCUAUAAAAUAUCAGAACUCUUCCCUGGAGUUUCAGGCCCCCCUUGA